AUGGCACAGAAACUAUCUUGGGUAUAUACUGAAUGGAUGAUGGGUGACCAUGCUUGGGAAAUGCAGUUGGUGCUACCUCAUGAUACAACACUCCUCAGUACUGUCUUGUCUUUGGACAAGACAUGUAUCACUGCAUUGACAGGUAAUCAUGUCACACAUCCACUCCUUCUCAGUCUUGCCAAUAUUCACAUGAACAUGCAGCUAAAAUCAUUCUCAAAUGCCUUCAUACUUACUGCCCUGCUACCUGUCCCACAAUUCAUUCACAAGAAGAAACAAAUGAAGGGUGUGUUACAGGAUUGGCUUAUUCACCAGUGCCUGGACAUUGUAUUAGAACCACUGAAGUUGGCUACUCAAGAAGGCAUCAUGUUGUCAGAUCCCACUGGAUGCAGUUGUUACUGCUUUACUCCACUUGUAAGCUACAUUGCAGACACUCCUGAAGCCAUGAUGCUCACAUACAUUGGUGGAAAGAUGUCUCCUGUGACAAUGGCUAUGUUCAAACAAUUUGGAGAUGCCUUCUGA